GGCAGGUUGUGCUCCUCCAGAUCCUUGUGUGCCAUCACUGCUGCGUCUGGGCAUCUGCUCUCCUGCCUCCCUGGAGACUGCAGGUGCCCUUGGCAGCAGGCGCUUUCCCAAUCCACGUCAGCCAGUCGGUGGAGCCUUAAACUCCCAGGCGAGCCGAGCUGGGGGUGCCCUGAGUGGGAAGGACAGGGCGAGCAGCGCCGUGCUUGCGGCAGGGCAGGGGGCUUGGCACGUGCUGUCCCCGUCUGUCACCUCACCCCGCCGUGUCCUUGUCCUGCUGGCAUCACUGUCUGCUGGGCUCCUCCACGCCUGGGUGCUGGCACACGGAUGGACACCGCGGCCAGAUCCUUCUCCUGCAGUGUUCCUGGGCUCUGAGAUGGGCUGAAGCCGCCGGUUUGGUUCUGGGGAGCAAAUCCAGUUUGCAGAUGACAUGCAGGAGUUCACCAAAUUCCCGACCAAGACGGGCCGCCGGUCCCUGUCCCGCUCCAUCUCCCAGUCUUCCACCGACAGCUACAGCUCUGCUGCCUCGUACACAGACAGCUCUGAUGAUGAGGUGUCCCCACGAGAGAAACAGCAAACCAACUCCAAGGGCAGCAGCAAUUUCUGCGUGAAGAACAUCAAACAGGCCGAGUUUGGGCGCCGGGAGAUUGAGAUCGCUGAGCAAGACAUGUCUGCUCUGAUUUCGCUCAGGAAACGAGCCCAGGGGGAGAAGCCUUUGGCUGGAGCUAAAAUCGUGGGCUGUACCCACAUCACAGCACAGACUGCGGUGCUGAUCGAGACGCUGUGUGCCCUGGGGGCGCAGUGCCGCUGGUCUGCCUGCAACAUCUACUCCACGCAGAACGAGGUGGCGGCGGCGCUGGCAGAGGCCGGUGUUGCUGUGUUUGCCUGGAAAGGGGAGUCAGAGGAUGAUUUCUGGUGGUGCAUUGACCGCUGUGUUAACGUCGAUGGCUGGCAGGCCAACAUGAUCCUGGAUGAUGGUGGGGACCUGACCCAUUGGGUUUAUAAGAAAUACCCCAGCGUGUUCAAGAAGAUCCGAGGGAUUGUGGAGGAGAGCGUGACCGGUGUGCACAGGCUGUACCAGCUCUCCAAGGCUGGGAAGCUCUGUGUCCCAGCCAUGAACGUGAAUGACUCCGUCACCAAGCAGAAGUUUGAUAACCUGUACUGCUGCCGGGAAUCCAUCCUGGAUGGCCUGAAGAGGACCACGGAUGUGAUGUUUGGAGGGAAGCAAGUGGUGGUUUGUGGUUAUGGGGAGGUCGGGAAGGGAUGCUGUGCUGCCCUCAAAGCCCUGGGAGCCAUCGUGUACGUCACGGAGAUCGACCCCAUCUGCGCUCUCCAAGCCUGCAUGGAUGGAUUUCGGGUGGUGAAGCUGAGUGAGGUAAUCCGUCAGGUGGAUGUCGUCAUCACCUGCACAGGGAACAAGAACGUGGUGACCAGGGAGCACCUGGACCGGAUGAAGAACAGCUGCAUCGUGUGCAACAUGGGCCACUCCAACACCGAGAUUGACGUGACCAGCCUGCGGACGCCGGAGCUGACCUGGGAGCGGGUCCGUUCCCAAGUGGACCAUGUCAUCUGGCCGGACGGGAAGCGGGUGGUGCUGCUGGCUGAGGGCCGUCUGCUCAACCUGAGCUGCUCCACAGUUCCCACCUUCGUUCUCUCCAUCACAGCCACCACGCAGGCUCUGGCUCUGAUUGAGCUCUACAACGCUCCCGAGGGCCGGUACAAGCAGGACGUUUACCUGCUGCCGAAGAAGAUGGAUGAGUACGUGGCCAGUCUGCACCUGCCAUCGUUCGACGCCCACCUGACGGAGCUGACGGACGAUCAGGCCAAAUACCUGGGACUCAACAAAAACGGGCCUUUCAAACCCAACUACUACAGAUACUGACGGGACCAUUUCCAUGAAGGACCAGACCACACAAGGCAACAUUUGAGAGAUUAUUUUUAAAAAUCAUUUUUAUUUUGGUUUACUUUUUUUUUUUUUUUUCCCCCACCACCAGAACAUGUUUUUACAUUUUAUCUGUGAUUUUAAGGCUAGGUUUUAUUUUCUCCCCCUUUUCCAUGAUCUCAUCCCUGUCUGAUCUUGCCAGACAAUCUGGGAUUUGCUUCUUGCUUUCAUGUGGCUGAAGCCGCUGAUUCCCAGCCCUGGCUCCAGGAGGGGCUUUCCCUUUCCUGCUGUGCCAAGGGCACUUCAUUCCUGCAGCAAUGGUUUCUUUUGGCUUUGAUUUUGUAUUUUUUCCCACCUUUCCAGCCCACGUCGGUCUCAGCCGGGCUCCCUGCGGAUCCGGAGAUGCUCUUCUACUUUAUCUUCUAUUUCUUUGUGUGGAUUAUCUGCAACUUCUAAAUUGCCUUAAAGAGCCCAGUUUUAGCUGCUAGAUCCCUGCUCCGGGUGCUUCCUGGGAGCAGAGUGGCCUGCAGGACACCUGGCAAAGGGGGUGACUGUGCCCAAGCCCAGCCCAGGUCCCUGCGCCGAGGUGGCCCAGGUUUGGUGGCCACUGGCCUGGGUUUGCUGGCCACCAGGGUCCAGGGGAGUUCAGUGUUUCAGGGUGCUAAUCUGAAUCUGGAUGGGGGUCGCUUUCCCAGCAUUAUCCUCAUCUCUCUUAGGUUGGUUGUUUUUUUUUUUUUUAAUUUGUUGGUUUUUUUGCUUUUUUUAGCCAAACUGCACCUUAAUUGAGUUUUAAACAUUUUUUUUCCAUUUGUUUUUUCUUUUUUUUUUUUUCCUUCCUCUUUUCCUUUCUGAUAUCCUUACAGAGAUGUUUUAAAGAGGAAGCACUCUUUAAAGGACGUGACCGCCUUCCCAUCUCCCACUGGGAAGUGCCGGGUGGUGUUGAGGGUGUCUGGGCUGGGUUUUGGGGGUGUUUCACUAUUUUUUUUUUUGAGCUGGAUGCAGAGAUGAGCCUUCCCCAUACCCCAGCCUGGCCCUUCUGCCCCCUGUUGCUGUUUCCUCGCCCUCUCUCCACGUGUCCCAGCUGCUCCCAUCGCCUCCUCCGUGCCCUCCCAGCCAAUGUUUCCCUUUCCCAGCUUGGAAGCUCCUUCCAACCCGCUGAGGUUCCUCUUGGCUUUUUUUAUCCUUCCCAGAUCUCCUGUUCCUUUCUCCACCCAAGGGAGGGGAAGGAGCAGCUGGCACCUCCCAGCUCAUGGAGCUGCUCCUUCCCCCCUUUGCAGGGAUCCAUCCACCCGCAGGGGUCAUUCCCAGGGAAUUUGCAGGUCUGGGGGUGCAAAGCUCUUCGGGGGGCCAGGAGAUUGGGGAGCUGCUGAGCUCAUCCCCCUGUCAUCCCCUCCCCGCUGUCCUCUGACUGUUCCUCUCUCCCACCCUGCCUGCUCUCCUCCUGGACGGUCGCUCCAUAGAUUUUUGGGGAUCACCUGCCUCGCUCCGCCACCGAUCCCGGGGAUCACCUGCGUCCCCUCCACCAUCCCCCAGACCUCCCUGGGGACGGCUUAGCGAGCUGGGAUGGGUGUUUGUGGGGAGGAGCGGGAGCAUCCCCCCUUCCCUGUGAGCCCCCCGCAUCCGGGGGUCCCGGCCCCCCGUUCCCACCCAUCCCGGGUGGAAUCUCGGCGCAAGGGCUCCGUGUCUGGAUAAGCCAUGUUGGGGGAGCCCAGGGGCGAUGGCAGCGGCAGCGUUGGGCCGGGAGCGAGAGGUUUAUUUUGUAUAUGAAUGAUUUUUAAUGAAUGCAAUAUUAAUCCUUGCAGUUGAGCAAUAAAUCAUUAAAGUCUAAUUAAACUAUUAGGAAAAAGGAA